AUGCCUUCGGCCACCGCUAGACGAAUGUACGAGGAUCAAAUACCCUCAUUCAUGUCCAUAUUCGAUCCCGAGGCGGACAAUAGUAUUGACGAAAGAGGAUUGGUAACUGUGGUAGACCCUAAGUUGAUGGAGAUGGACUCGUCGUGUGCACCUGGGCACCUGGCUGGUGGGUUACCACAACAACAUGCGUUGUUACGGCCCUUACCGACAGAUUCUUCGCACCGUCACCACGACAGCACUUCGACACAAAAUUCUGAGUCUGCAGAUUCUUCCCCCACAACAACUUUAACAACAGAUACUUCUUCACUUUCCGACCCGUCGCCGUCAUCUUCUCCUGACUCACCUGUCAAUUUAAUACCUUUAAAUUCUUUUCCAGGUACCAAUUUUGGUGGCCUGCCAUCCACGAUGAACAACCUCACCGUAAAUGACCCUAGCAUCAGGGAGAGACCAAUGACAUCUCCUUCCCCGAGACGAGCAAGGAACAUGAAAGGUCUGUCUAUUCAGCCGCCGUUUGUUAGCUCACUUUCUUCCAAUUUGGUAUCCGAACCUUCUUCACCUUCCUUCAUCAAGCCAAAGAUUCCGGCCAUGAAGCGAAAACCUAGCCAACUCAGUUUGAAGACUGAUUCAAACGGGCUUAAUAUUCGGCCGACUAUUCUCGAAGUUCCGAGCUCGCCCGCUCUCCCACCGAUUCUGCAACGCAGAUCCUUGAAACACUCGACAUCUUCGCCUCAUAUGCUUUCAGGAUUGAAGUCCGCAACUUUUGGUCCGGCUGGUGGCAUGACUUUCCCGACUGUUUUUGAGCGCGGCACUUCGGGUUUGUCUGAAGUAUUACGCCCGACAAAACAGGGAGGUCAUUGCCCAGGUUUCGAUACAACUAUUCUCGAGGAGGAUUCGCCUAUUAAGACACAGCUUGCGAAUCGUGCUGCGAUGGACUUCGAACCCUUCAUUGAACCGGAAAAUAACGAAGACCAGAAGUCGCCAGGAUAUCCUGACGGACCUAUCGCGAUCUAUGAAGACAACGUUUAUCUCUACUUAGAACCUACUGCGGAGGAAGCAUCGAAAUUUGACGUGGUAAUAAACGUAGCCCGUGAGGUGACCAACCCUUUCCAGGCCACAGGCAAGAAUAGCCUAGAGGAUUUGAAGAUGAGCCAGCUAGAAUCGCCUGUCCCCGAUACUGCUAUGACAAACGACAGUUUCGCAACGGCAUUCGAGUAUCCUCCAUCGGGCGAGGAGACAGAAACACCAACAACGCCAAAGGGAAACUCACUUCUCGAGCCUGAAUAUAUCCAUAUGCCAUGGGAUCAUAAUACGGAUAUCGCAACGGAUCUCAUGAUGCUUUGCGAGACAAUCGAGAAGCGUACAAAGGAAGGAAAGAAGGUUCUUGUUCACUGUCAGCAGGGCGCAAGUCGCUCAGCUAGCUUGAUCAUUGCCUAUGGUAUUUACCAAAAUCCUGGACUGACUGUCAACGACGCUUACUACGCCGCGCAAUCGAAGAGCCGAUGGAUCAGUCCGAAUAUGCGACUAAUGUACUGCUUACAAGACUUCCAGAAGCAGGUGGGCAAGAAGAGGCACGCCCCUCGAUCUGCCGCGGGACCUCGAAGUGGAAGAAGCCCCACAAAGCAUCAUCGUCUUACACUCUCCGCAAACGCGAUUGAUGUGCAACCGAAAGAACCAAUGACGGCUCCAUUACCGGACGAGAAAGAGGGAAGUGUCAAUGGCACUAACACAGAACGUGCCCCGAGUCAUUCCCGUGGAAAAUCCACCCCGAACUUGGAAUCGAUAUCUCCCGGCCCAUCGUCAGCUCCAUCAAGCUUCUCCUGGUCUGAAAAGGAAGAUCCAAAGGAUCCUGGCAAACCUGGACGCUUCAACUUUGGGAGCUCACUUGAACCACCUAAGUUCUUCGAACCGACUCCGCAGCCGAGCCAGACAUCGUUACUUCGACCGGCUCCGUCAUUUUUCAAGCCGCCGCCGUCACCAGGAUUCUUCAAACCUCCUCCAUCUCCAGGAUUUGGUCCCAAUGGUCCUUCAAGCUUUGGAUUCAGCUUUGAUUCCGGCCCUAGUUUUGAACAACGCAUGGAAGAGUCAGAUAGCGAAAGAGAUAUACCAGUUGCAAUUGUUCCGCCGGAUGACGAUACCCUUAUGUCCCCUAGAGCCGAAAUUAUGACGGACAAUCCUCUACACGACUCAUAUUCGGAGAUGUCAGGCAUGAAAUUUGUCGAGGUCCCUCCUACACCUAGUGAAGGCCUCUUCUCUCCGCGACAGUCGAUGUUUCCGAGAGAUCCAUUCUACCCGUUUGGACGUCCUACUCAAGUCGCCGAUCCGAGAAGCCCUCCUACUAAGGGUGAGACGCCUAUCGUUCGAUCUAUCGACGACGUAUUAUAG